GCCUUGUCGAACUAGAGAAUGCGUAUCCAGGAAAUAUUUUUCCAGUUUUUGCCGUGUUUAUGGCACUUUUACCGCACUUAAUCACGUCACUGCUAUUUGAAUUUUAUAGACUCUUUUCCUGAAACAUUGCAAAUCACUGUAACUUGCCGCUGCUUCAGAUCGGCCACUGAUCAACACAGUACAGUCGCCCGAAGUUAACCUUUGCUCGUGACAAGUGCGGCCGUGCGGCUAGAGGUGCAAGCAAAGCAAGCAAACCAAUCAACCGGUUAUCAAGGGUUCACUGUUGGCAAGCCGGCGACGUAGGCCAGGGCAGGUAGUUGAGUCCGUUGCAACGAUGGCAUCUGAGGUGGAAAAGGCGCAGCAGGCCAGUGCCGCUGUCAAGAGUCAGCCCACAAUCUUUGACAAGAUUAUCUCGAAAGAAAUUCCAGCCGACAUCAUUUAUGAGGAUGACCAGUGCCUUGCAUUCAAUGACAUCAGCCCCCAGGCACCAACCCACUUCCUGGUGAUCCCGAAGAGGAGGAUUGCCAUGUUGGAUGAUGUUGAGCCAAGCGACAAGGACAUUCUUGGCCAUCUAGUUUUCACUGCAUCUAAACUGGGGCGAGAGAAAUUGGGUAGUAAUGGUUUCCGCUUAGUUAUCAACAAUGGUAAGGAUGGAGCACAGUCCGUCUUCCAUCUUCACAUCCAUGUUCUUGGUGGCAGGCAGAUGCAGUGGCCUCCCGGCUAACACCCGCCUCAUCUCGUCAUACUUUUAAAUAUGUUCCCAUAAGUGAGUUUGAGAAUAUAUUUCAUUUUAAAAUUACUUUUCUUAUGGUUUAUCCUUUGAUGUUGCGUAAAAUAUGUAACAAUCUCUCGGUUAUUGCCUCAUCUCAAAAAUACUUAGCAUUUUUACACUCUUUGUGAAUCGUUUGGAUAGGCAUAGAAUAAUAAUAAAUAAAUGAACAGAG